AUGGAAUAUCUGUUGUACACGAAGAAAUUGUCCGUAAGGGUCAGUUCGACUUCGGAUGAACACAACAGUAUGGAGACAGAAGUUACAGUUAAUAAUAGUGAAUUAACAAUAUAUUAUAAUGUUGUUACGAACGAAUUGUUGUCAAAGUUCAAUGAUGCCUUUUUUUCAAAUCCAUCGAAUAUUUUGGCUCAAAAUAUCUGUACUGUAUAUGACCCAUUUGAAAUAGCAUUGUCAAGAAAUAGGAUUCAAGACCAAAUAGUUUCUGAUCAUUAUUUUUCUACGAGAAUUAAGGGUUGCGGAAAUCCGAUAGGAGAUCAAAAAUAUUCUGGCCGAUGUUGGAUUUUCGCCUGCUUGAACGUAAUACGAGUUCCGUUUAUGAAACAUUAUAAUAUUUCACAAUUUGAAUUCAGCCAAGCUCACAUGUUUUUCUGGGAUAAGAUUGAGCGAUGCAACUUUUUUUUGAACGGAAUAGUAUCAACAGCUAGAAAUGGUGAAUCUUUAGACUCCAGAAAAGUGAUGCAUCUGCUAAAAAACCCCGUUGAAGACGGUGGCUAUUGGAAUAUGGCAGUCAAUAUAAUCAAAAAGUAUGGACUUAUGCCAAAACUUAGUUUUCCAGAAAGUUAUAGUAGCGAAGACAGUAAAGAACUUAAUUGCAUUUUGAACAGUAAACUCCGAGAAUUUGCCAUUGUUUUACAUGAUAUGGUGACCAACAACGAUACGAAUAGUAAUAUUUCUGACCAAAUCGAAAAGGAUAUGUCUAUUGUGUUCAGAAUCGUCGGAGUAUGUUUGGGCAUUCCGAAACAGACCUUUAAGUGGUAUUAUCGCUCAAGUGCUAAUGAACCUUUACUUCACUGCGAUAUUACGCCGCUUGAUUUCUACAACACAAUGGUCGAGCCGAUUGUUCACCUCGAAGACAAGGUCUCUUUGAUAUCUGACCCAAGAGCCAAUAAUGAAUUCGGUCGAUUGUACACGUUGGAUUUGGUUGGGAACGUUACAGAAGGCUCUAAAAUCGCGCGCAACAAUCAACCUAUAGAAGUGCUGUUGGAAGCGUGCAAACAAUCGAUCGCCAGGCUUGGCGAACCGGUUUGGUACAGUUGUGAAGUGAACCAGAGAUUUUCGAACGAACUUGGGCUAGAAGACUUAAAACUACAUGACAUAGAAUCAAUAUUCGGUACCGAUACAUCAAUUCCGAUGACCAAAAGCGAACGAAUUUUAUACCAUGAUUCAUAUCCAACGCACGCAAUGGUAUUGACUGGAUUCCAUGAAGAAAACAAUGAAGUUACACGGUGGCGCGUGGAAAAUUCUUGGGGUAAACACAAUACGAACAUGAAAGGGUAUCUAAUGAUGACCACGGAAUGGUUUAAAGAAUACGUUUUCGAAGUUAUUGUUGACAAGAAAUUACUGCCACAAUGUGUUCUGGAUGUAUUUAGUCAGGAGCCAAUAGUAUUACCCGUUUGGGACAAGCUCGCGGAUCUCAUUAGUUAG